UCUCAUUCUCUGCAAUUUUCAUUGCUCUGCUUUUAGUGUGUGUGUUCUUGCUAUACUCUGUUUUGGAGGAAGAGAGUGUUUGAGUUCCCAAAAACAGAGUGUCUCUGUUUUCAGAAGAAUGUACGCGGAGACGGGGCUGUUCUUCCCUUUUCUUCAAAAUUUUUCUCCGGAAAAUCAUCAGCUUGAUGAGUACUGUAAAUCCCAGAAGCCCAAUGCUUCAUUGGGCAACCUGAUUCAGACCUCUACCAUAUCAGAAUAUGAUCUGGGGGGAGAAGGGGAUCUUUUCAAGGCUCCAGAACCAAUCAUUGAAGAACCUAUUAUUGGUUUUGAUCCCAUGACAGCGGCCAUUUCAAUGAUUUCCUGUGGAGAGGAUGUCGUCCACUCACAAGGACUCAAGGUUGCAGAUAUUGAAUCAAUUCAAAGUGAUCAGCUUCUGAAUGAUGUGUUCUAUGGGUGCAGCAAUGAUCUCAUGGCAAAAGCAGCUAUAGAAACACCGCUCUCUGAGGUUCUGGAUAUCAAGAUUCCUAUUGAUAAUACCAGUGAGAACCAAAUUCAAGAGAACAAUUCGCUUCCUGAUUUGCCAUUUCAGAAAAGCAUCAGCUCAAGUUGUUUAACCUCAAUGGAGUGGGUGCAAGGUGCCGCUGUGAAGCCUAGUUUUCUGGAUUUCCCUGGAAUGGAUUUUGGAGAAGUUUUUGGGAUGCGAAGAGCAUUUAGCGAAGGAGACAUAAAGACCCUUGGUAAUGGUAACGUGAGCCUCAUCCACUCUCCUAUUGAGCAGCCCAUAACUAUUGGCAGCUGCACUGCCGAGGACCGGAGGGAAAAGCUUUCGAGGUACCGGAACAAGAAGACAAAGAGGAACUUUGGCAGAAAAAUCAAGUAUGCUUGCAGGAAAGCUCUUGCAGACAGUCAACCAAGGAUCCGAGGAAGGUUUGCUAAGACUGAAGACUCUUCUGACAUUUUCAAGAGGCAGUAGCUACUAACUAAUUAAGUCAAGAGGAAAUGUAGUAAACAAAAAUCAUGCAAGAUCCCAAGUGGUAUAAACCUCGCCCGACAAGAUGAUGUUAGACUGUGUAAACAGGUAAUGCUGAAUAGAGUCUGAAAUGGCCUAGUAGAGUUGUAUAUAGGUUUGUUGAAUAAGGAACAGCGAGCAAGCGAGCAAGCAUUGUUGAUAAGUCAGUUUAUGAAAUGGCCGUGUCGUCGGUCUCCAAUUGGUGCUUCCAUGAGUUAAUGAUAUGAUCAGCUAAUGUUCAGUGGUUCAUAGCUUGUUGAGUUAUUGUGAUUCUAUAAGAUGGGUUAUUUGGUUCAUUUUUCUGGA